AUGGGGGUAAGGAACCAAGCCCCAGACACAAGGGUAUAUUUACUCACGUCUCUUUUGUCUGCAGGUGGCUGUUCCUUUGAUGACCACUACAGCAACUGUGGUUACAGCGUGGCCCUGGGGACCAAUGGGUUUACCUGGGAGCAGAUUAACACGUGGGAGAAACCAAUGCUGGACCCAGCGGUGCCUACAGGAUCCUUCAUGAUGGUGAACAGCUCUGGGAGGGCCUCUGGCCAGAAGGCUCACCUUCUCCUGCCGACCCUGAAGGAGAACGACACCCACUGCAUCGAUUUCCAUUACUACUUCUCCAGCCGUGACAGGUCCAGCCCGGGGGCCUUGAAUGUCUAUGUGAAGGUGAACGGUGGGCCCCAGGGGAACCCUGUCUGGAACGUGUCUGGCGUCGUCACUGAGGGCUGGGUGAAGGCAGAGCUUGCCAUCAGCACCUUCUGGCCACAUUUCUACCAGGUGAUAUUUGAAUCCGUCUCUCUGAAGGGUCAUCCUGGCUACAUCGCUGUGGACGAGGUCCGGGUCCUUGCCCAUCCAUGCAGAAAAGCACCUCAUUUUCUGCGGCUCCAAAAUGUCGAGGUGAACGUGGGGCAGAAUGCCACCUUUCAGUGCAUUGCUGGUGGAAAGUGGUCUCAGCAUGACAAACUUUGGCUCCAGCAAUGGAAUGGCAGGGACACGGCCCUCAUGGUCACCCGCGUGGUCAACCACAGGCGCUUCUCGGCGACAGUCAGUGUGGCGGACACUACCCAGCGGAGUGUGAGCAAGUACCGCUGUGUGAUCCGCUCUGACGGUGGCUCUGGUGUGUCCAACUACGCUGAGCUGAUUGUGAAAGAGCCUCCCACGCCCAUCGCCCCCCCAGAGCUGCUGGCCGUGGGGGCCACAUACCUGUGGAUCAAGCCGAAUGCCAACUCCAUCAUUGGAGACGGCCCCAUCAUCCUGAAGGAAGUGGAGUAUCGCACCACCACCGGCACCUGGGCAGAGACCCACAUCGUCGACUCUCCCAACUAUAAGCUGUGGCAUCUGGACCCCGAUGUGGAGUAUGAGAUCCGGGUCCUGCUCACGCGACCAGGGGAAGGGGGCACGGGACCACCAGGGCCUCCCCUCACCACCAGAACCAAGUGUGCAGACCCGGUGCAUGGCCCGCAGAACGUGGAGAUCGUGGACAUCCGAGCCCGGCAGCUGACGCUGCAGUGGGAGCCCUUCGGCUACGCGGUGACCCGCUGCCACAGCUACAACCUCACGGUGCAGUACCAGUACGUGUUCAACCAGCAGCAGUACGAGGCCGAGGAGCUCAUUCAGACCUCCUCCCACUACACCCUGCGGGGCCUGCGCCCCUUCAUGACCAUCCGGCUGCGGCUGCUGCUGUCCAACCCCGAGGGCCGGAUGGAGAGUGAGGAGCUGGUGGUGCAGACGGAGGAGGAUGUUCCAGGAGCUGUUCCUCUAGAGUCCAUCCAAGGGGGUCCCUUUGAGGAGAAGAUCUACAUCCAGUGGAAACCUCCCAAUGAGACCAACGGGGUCAUCACGCUCUACGAGAUCAACUACAAGGCCGUGGGCUCAUUGGACCCGAGUGCCGACCUCUCCAGCCAGAGGGGCAAAGUGUUCAAGCUUCGGAACGAAACCCACCACCUCUUUGUGGGUCUGUACCCCGGGACCACCUACUCCUUCACCAUCAAGGCCAGCACAGCAAAGGGCUUUGGGCCCCCUGUUACCACCAGGAUCGCCACCAAAAUUUCAGCUCCAUCGAUGCCUGAAUAUGACACAGACACCCCACUGAAUGAAACAGACACGACCAUCACAGUGAUGCUGAAGCCCGCUCAGUCUCGGGGAGCCCCUGUCAGUGUUUAUCAGCUGGUUGUCAAGGAGGAGCGACUUCAGAAGUCACGGAGGGCAGCUGACAUCAUUGAGUGCUUUUCGGUGCCGGUGAGCUAUAGGAAUGCCUCCAGCCUCGAUUCUCUACACUACUUUGCUGCUGAAUUGAAGCCUGCCAACCUGCCUGUCACCCAGCCAUUUACAGUGGGUGACAACAAGACAUACAAUGGCUACUGGAACCCACCUCUUUCCCCUCUGAAAAGCUACAGCAUCUACUUCCAGGCACUCAGCAAAGCAAAUGGAGAGACCAAAAUCAACUGUGUUCGUCUGGCUACGAAAGGUGCCUCCACUCAGAAUCCCAACAGCGUGGAACCGGAGAAGCAGGUGGACGGUACUGUGAAGAUGGCCGGCGUGAUCGCUGGCCUCCUCAUGUUCAUCAUCAUUCUCCUGGGCGUGAUGCUGACCAUCAAAAGGAGAAGAAAUGCUUAUUCCUACUCCUAUUACUUGAAGCUGGCCAAGAAGCAGAAGGAAACACAGAGUGGAGCGCAGAGGGAGAUGGGGCCCGUGGCCUCGGCCGACAAACCCGCCACCAAGCUCGGCACCAGCCGCAACGACGAAGGCUUCUCCUCUAGCUCACAGGACGUUAAUGGAUUCACAGGUGGCAGCCGUGGGGAGCUCUCCCAGCCCACCCUCACGAUCCAGACUCACCCCUACCGGGCCUGCGACCCCGUGGAGAUGAGCUAUCCCCGGGACCAGUUCCAGCCCGCCGUCCGGGUGGCUGACCUGCUCCAGCACAUCACUCAGAUGAAGAGAGGCCAGGGCUACGGGUUCAAGGAGGAAUAUGAGGCCUUACCGGAGGGGCAGACAGCCUCAUGGGACACAGCCAAAGAGGAUGAAAACCGCAACAAGAAUCGAUACGGCAACAUCAUAUCCUAUGACCAUUCUCGCGUGAGGCUGCUGGUGCUGGAUGGAGACCCACACUCCGACUACAUCAACGCCAACUACAUUGAUGGGUACCAUCGACCUCGGCACUACAUUGCUACUCAAGGUCCCAUGCAGGAGACCGUAAAGGACUUCUGGAGAAUGAUCUGGCAGGAGAACUCGGCCAGCAUCGUCAUGGUCACAAACCUCGUGGAAGUGGGCAGGCACCCAGCGGGACACACUGUGGGAAAUGCCACUCUAAGCCGCUCGGCGUCCCCCGGAAUGGUGAAAUGUGUGCGAUACUGGCCGGAUGACAUGGAGGUCUAUGGAGACAUUAAAGUCACACUGAUCGAAACAGAGCCCCUGGCAGAGUACAUCAUCCGCACCUUCACGGUCCAGAAGAAAGGCUACCAUGAGAUCCGGGAGCUCCGCCUCUUCCACUUCACCAGCUGGCCCGACCACGGCGUCCCCUGCUAUGCCACCGGCCUCCUCGGCUUUGUCCGCCAGGUCAAGUUCCUCAAUCCCCCAGAAGCUGGGCCCAUAGUGGUCCACUGCAGUGCUGGUGCCGGGAGGACUGGCUGCUUCAUCGCCAUCGACACCAUGCUUGACAUGGCCGAGAACGAAGGGGUGGUGGACAUCUUCAACUGCGUACGUGAGCUCCGGGCCCAGAGGGUCAACCUGGUACAGACGGAGGAGCAGUAUGUGUUUGUGCACGACGCCAUCCUGGAAGCGUGUCUCUGCGGCAACACGGCCAUCCCGGUAUGCGAGUUCCGCUCGCUCUACUACAAUAUCAGCAGGCUGGACCCCCAGACCAACUCCAGCCAAAUCAAAGACGAAUUUCAGACCCUCAACAUCGUGACUCCUCGUGUCCGGCCCGAGGACUGCAGCAUCGGUCUCCUGCCCCGGAACCAUGACAAGAAUCGGAGCAUGGAUGCCCUGCCUCUGGACCGCUGCCUGCCCUUCCUCAUCUCGGUGGAUGGAGAAUCCAGCAACUACAUCAAUGCGGCACUGAUGGAUAGCCACAAGCAGCCUGCCGCUUUCGUGGUCACACAACACCCUCUACCCAACACCGUGGCGGACUUCUGGAGGCUGGUGUUCGAUUAUAACUGCUCCUCUGUGGUGAUGCUGAAUGAGCUGGACGCUGCCCAGCUCUGUAUGCAGUACUGGCCUGAGAAGACCUCGGGGUGCUACGGGCCCAUCCAGGUGGAAUUCGUCUCCGCAGACAUCGAUGAGGACAUCAUCCACAGAAUAUUCCGCAUCUGUAACAUGGCUCGGCCACAGGAUGGGUAUCGUAUAGUCCAGCACCUCCAGUACAUUGGCUGGCCUGCCUACCGGGACACGCCCCCCUCCAAGCGCUCUCUGCUCAAAGUGGUCCGACGGCUGGAGAAGUGGCAGGAGCAGUACGAUGGGAGGGAGGGACGCACUGUGGUCCACUGCCUAAAUGGGGGAGGCCGCAGCGGAACCUUCUGUGCCGUCUGCAGCGUGUGUGAGAUGAUCCAGCAGCAAAACAUCAUCGAUGUGUUCCACAUCGUGAAAACAUUACGUAACAACAAGUCCAACAUGGUGGAGACCCUGGAACAGUAUAAAUUUGUAUACGAGGUGGCACUGGAAUAUUUAAGCUCCUUUUAGCCCAAUGGCAUGGAGAACCAGUCCAGAGGCUGCUGCAGCCAAGCCCCCUUUUCUGUGAAUGGCAGCGACUGGGCUCAGGGGCUAAGCGGUGGCACCCUGCCCAACUCCAAGGAGAAGACUGGUGGUCCUGUGGUCCACGGUGGGCUCUGUACCUUCGGAGGGGUCUCCAGUUGCUGUGGGCGACGCCGCCCUGAAAGACCCAGGCUUCUUUUCCAGCCUCAGGCACGGGCCCAUACAGAAGUGCACCUGUAUAGCAAGGCCCGGAUUUUUCAGUGCCCAGACCUCUUGCUUUUGCUCUUUUCAAGUUUGUGAAUCUCGAGGCAAGCUGACUGUGUGGGUACAGGGGAGUGACUGACAGGCCUGGCGGCACUUCCUCUGCCCUGCGUCCCCUGGGCAGUGGGGGGAUGUGUGCUUUCCUCCUCCACGUGGUCGUGAAUAUGACCGGGCUCUUGGGGGCCACUGCUCUGCUGCCGUCUCCUUCAGGGACCUCUGGAUCACUGGGGCUUCAGGAUGCUCCCGAGACCACAGCAGAGGCCCCCAUCCUCCCAACUAACCUGCAUGGGGCUUGGCCCACCACCAUUGUGUACCCCUCCCCCAGCCCAGGCCUUGACCUUCUGUCGUUCACUGGCGUGUCCGCGGCAGUCCUGGAUGAAGGUUUUCUUUGCUUUUUUGUGGUCAGUGGGAUGGGGCAGAACUGCAGGGAACUUUACUGCUCCUCCUUAUCUCUCUCUGUGAAAAAGGACUACCUCCC